AUGCGUCUACAGUCAGUGGAGGAAGAAACCCAGAGGACUGCAGGAGACCAGGCAUGUGCUGAGCUCCUUGCAAAAGAUAUAACCCUGUACUCAGCAAUAAGCAACAUAGUCAACCUGCAGAGAGAGGCAUGUGAUCUUCAGCAAUUAUCAUUCUUUAAAAUUAACUUCUGCCUGUUUGUCUUUUUAAAAUUAGAAAUAAGAAAUAAUGAGUUAAUAAUACCAAAAUAUCAUCCAAAAUUCUGGGCAGAAGGAGUAUGGCAAUGCUGUAGACAAGCAGACAAACUUGCUCCAGGCUGUGAAGAAUAUAACCUCUUUGGAGAUAUUACUCGAAAGCCACUUCCUCCAACACCAGAUGAUGUGAUUCUAAUUGUGGAGUUUCUGGACAGGAAGCCAGUGAUGAGCAACAAAACUUUCAGGAUCACACAUGAGGGCUACAUACCAAGCAAUUAUGUAACAGAGAAGAAAUCCAACAAUUUAGAAAAAUAUGAGUGGUAUUGCAAAAAUGUAAAUAGAAGUAAAGCAGAACAGUUGUUGAGAUCUGAGGAUAAAGAGGGAGGUUUUAUCGUGAGAGAUUCCAGCCAACCUGGGAUGUAUACAGUAUCACUUUACACCAAAUUUGGAGGAGAUGGCAGUGGAUCAACUCGACAUUACCAUAUAAAGCUGACCCAGGAACCUGUGAGACAGUACUAUCUGGCAGAAAAACAUUUAUUUAACAAUAUUCCUGAAUUGAUUGAGUACCAUCAGCAUAAUGCAGCAGGUCUUGUCACACGAUUGCGAUAUCCAGUGGGCCGUAAAGGACGAUCUGCACCUACAACUGCUGGCUUUAGCUAUGAUAAAUGGGAAAUAAAUCCAUCUGAGCUGACAUUUAUGAAAGAGCUGGGAAGUGGACAGUUUGGAGUGGUGCGUUUAGGAAAGUGGCGGGCUCAACACAAAGUAGCAAUUAAAGCAAUACGUGAAGGCGCAAUGUAUGAAGAGGAUUUCAUAGAAGAAGCUAAAAUCAUGAUGAAAUUAUCUCAUCCAAAAUUAGUGCAAUUGUAUGGAGUUUGCACACAGCAGAAACCAAUAUAUAUAGUGACUGAAUUUAUGGAACUUGGUUGUCUGCUGAACUAUCUUCGACAAAGAAGAGGGCAGUUAAACAAUGAAAUGUUACUGAGCAUGUGCCAGGAUGUAUGUGAUGGCAUGUCAUAUUUGGAAGCAAAUGGAUUCAUACACCGAGAUCUGGCUGCCCGGAACUGCUUGGUGAGUGAAUCGCAUGUGGUGAAAGUGUCUGAUUUUGGAAUGACCAGAUAUGUCUUGGAUGAUCAGUACACUAGUUCUUCAGGUGCCAAGUUUCCUGUGAAAUGGUCACCUCCUGAGGUGCUACAUUAUUCUAAGUUCAGCAGUAAAUCAGACGUGUGGUCAUUUGGUAAGAGACUUUAUUUUAAAUGUGCAAGCAAAUGUCUUGAAGUAAACCUUUUACACAGAUGA